AAUAACUAAGUAUACAUUGGCGGGUCUGUUGAACUUUUGCACUGGUACUUGAGCGAGUGCAGGGAAAAUGUGUCAGUCAACUCAUGGAGGAAGUUGGCCUGUUUAGUUGACAACUUUUAUUUGAAAUCCAUUCGUCAUGAGUAAGAAGAAGAGCAAACACCACGCGUCUCAGAGUCUGUCACCAGAUGUCUUGGAAGCUAGGGAGAUCUCCUUCACCAACUUGUUGCUUCUUGGGUUCGAGCCCGUAGAGGCAGAGAGGAGACAUGCUAUUCCAUUCAACAGGGAUAUGUUUGCUCUCCCGAACAAGAAAGCGUUUGAAGUCAUCAUGCAUUUCUUGUUUGAGAGACUGAACCCAGCCAAGGCGCACGACAAAUUCAGGGACUGCUGGCCCAUCUGUGACAAGAAACAUGAGCAAGCCUUCCGAAAGACGGUCAGCAACCAGCUCUCCGAGAUUGCAGCUGAGGACCCAUCUGCUAACCUGCCUCGGAUUGUACCAUCGCUGUUCAUGUCGCCUGGCGGUGAUAGGUUCUACUCUCUCCUAAUGCACUUUUCACAGUACGUCCUGUUCAAAGUCGUCAAGCAAGAGAAUGGCAAGAAGGACAGGGAGAUUCUUCAGAGACCCAAGCUUCUCCCGGCCGUAUCCCAUCUGGGCCACAUCAUGCUCAGGACGACUCAGGCUGCCUCCAUCAGACACCGCAGGCGAUUCUUAGACAAGGCACAGCUCAUGGUGCUGCUACACAGGGAGUGGAAGCAGUUUGCCAAUGAACUUGUGAAGGAACACCGUAGCCUAACCAAACAGCUACGGGACCUAGAGCACGAUAUCCGUGACUGCCUCGCGGCCUCCUACGACCAAGCCCAGGCUAGAGGGAGCCCUGUAGGUAGGAGACGGCGAUCGGGUGGCAUGACGGAUGGCGAACGCCAAAUGCACGCCGUCAAACGAACACAGAAAAUUCAAAAGGUGCGUGAACUGUGGAAGGCAGUUGAUGCAUUCUACGUCGGCCAAUCAGCGGAGCGGGACGUGACGUCAUCUGUCUUACAAGAAGCUGAGAACAAGUACCGACUUGAUGCCGGGGAGAUCAACGUACAAGUCCCCGAGCUGCUGCUACGAGAGUGCCAACAAGAGCUACAAAGGCGGAAUGUUGGCAACACCUACGAGGGAGGCAAGUUGAGUCUUCUGACACUAAUCCAGUUGUGGAACAUGUCUCUGUAUCUUUACUUGGAGACCAUCCAACAAGCACCCAUGCCCAGUUUUGAGGACCUUUCCCCCGAUUUAGUGACCCAGGUUCACACCCAUCACGCACACCUGGCAAACACCCAGGCCAUGAGGUCCACUCUGACCAACAAACUUCUCCCUGAGCUGAAGUCGUCAGUGAGUCGCCUCCACAAGCAGAUCCAGGAAGGCAAGACGCCUAGUAGGAAAGACACACGCAGGUCCUUCCAACUCAGUUCUCUUGGUCUGGAGCUACUACCCCCGACUCCGCCAGUCUCUUUCGAGCCAGCCUCGGGAUCGCAGAAUGAAACUCCCAUCAGGCUGCCUGCGGGAGGCACGCUGAAGAACAAUAUGUCAACUGAUACCCCCGAGGCUGUGUCUAUGCUGAGUGAUACCAUCAACAAGGCCGCCCUGAGGCAUGCGGGGCUGGUGCAGGGGACGCCCACAAGCACACUAGGGGAACUCAGGAAACAGACCCAGGGCCCCUCCAAGUUGCCCCGCCCGACAGGGGCAGCCAACUCCGAGAGCCUGCCGAACCGGAAGAGGGUCAAAUCUGCACCUUCCAAAGUAGUCCCCUCAACGACCCCAACAACCCGGACCCACCUUGGACACCCAGACCCCCAGACGCCUCACCUGGGUACCCGGGUACCCAACACCCAUAAGAGGGGCGAGGUGAACGGGGACAUGGCCCGUGUACCCAAGACCCAACCCAGGAACGGUGCCGGGAGCAGGCUCAGUAGGCAGCCCAAGGAUGGACGGAAAGAGCCCAGGACAACGGAGACACCUGGUGUGAGAAAGGCGUCAUCCAGAGCAAAGAAGUUGGUUCCAGACGUUUCCACAGCGUCUCCAUCACUUCAAAGGACACCUGUGGCUUCAGCCAAAGCAGGUGCUAUGUCCAGCGCCAUGAGAUCCAAAACUGCCCCCCGGGCACAUCAAAUACUAGCAGAACAGAUCGCUGAUGCAGUGACUACAGGAGGAAAGAUCACGCCUGACUUUCUGGAAUUGUUGAGGACUCAUUCGCGGGAGAAUUCCCCGCUAGACUCGGCUCUCGCGGACCCAUUAGCAGGAUUAGAUCAACAUGCCUUUGUCAGCAAGGACAAGCUGAAAAGAACCCCAGUCACCGAGGAGAGGAGUCACAUCGCCUCGACAAGACUGGGAGACACCCCUAAACACACAAUGCCAACAAGGACUCUGUUUGAUUCAGACUCUAGCCCUGGUGAGCCGUCAGUCUUGAGUCGUGACCCUGGAAAGUUAUCUCCAAUUGAUGGUAAUGAUCUGUUGCUACUUGGGUCAAGGGAAGGCAGUCCGAUUGAAGACAGCAAAGACUUGAUGUCGGGAGUUGUUGUUGGAAACCUCCUUGAUUUAGAGGAGCCAGAGCAGCAAGGCGGUACCCUCCUUCCUUCAGGGAACCUCUUGGACCUUGCGGAUGAAGCUGAGGUAUCCGCGGAGGCACGGUCUGACCACUGGCUGGCUUCUCUUGGAGAUGGCACCACUCUGCCGGAGACGAGGCCGGAGUUCUCAGAGGAUCUGGAGCAAACACUCGCUGAGAUCUUUCAGACCAGGACGCCGCAGCUGUCCACCAGAGCCAAGACCAGGAUUGCAGCUCGCAAGCAGGGGUCGUCCCUGUCGAGCUUCCAAGAGGAAGACGAAACAAACUCAUUUGGGACUCCAUCGCUACCCAACAGAGAGACAGACCUCACAGAAGGGCUGACCCCAGACCUGAAUUUGUUGAGACAGGACAGGUUAAGAAGGCAAACUGAGAGCAUCGGAUUCCAUCCAAGGAAUGACCCCCUGAACUUUUCACAGCCACGCAAGAACCAAGCUGACGUCAGUUUAAACAAAGUUCGGCAAGUCAGUGGCGGGUCCCAGAAGAGUGUUACCUUCUCUGAACAGGUCGACGAGCACAGCUUCUUGGACCAGAGCAUCACCAACUCUGAACAGUCAAAUGUUGACUCUCCAUCAAGGGACUACAUCAGUCCACUUGGCACUCCUAGUGACAAGCCAGGACCCGACGAGUCCCUUCAAACUCCAGGCAACUCGUCAAGCAGCAGCCCUCAAGAAAUCCCAGGGAAAGAUCGUGGUACGUUUCUAAGUGACGUCUACCUGGCGCACUCCCCUCCCCCGCCUAACAGGCCAAGCGAGACUCUCUUCACGAGCCCACUAGAGGGCCAGCUGCUGUCGGACUCGGACCUGGGCCAGGACUUCUCCAUGAACCUCUCCACGGCCAUCGAUGACCUCCUUGUGCCUAUCUCUCCGGAUAUUACACCAUCCAGGACCCCCAAACUGACGUCCCGUCACUCUUCGGCUAAUUCAUCACAACCUUCUGUAAAGAAGACAUCCCGACUAUCAUCCACACAACAUACUGAACAUAGUUUAUUCAUGGAGUCAUUACCACAUCAGAGGGAUGCUUUCAGCCUGAAACCUGGGACUUCCCCACUCAUAGAAGACUUCUCCAAUUUACACCUUUCUAGAAUGACGCCCGUGACACCCAACCAUAAAUCUGUGGAAAUGCCAAUGAACUUUGAUCUAUUGGCAGAUGAGGAUGACUCCAUUCUACUGCCCACCUCACCAGCUCUGAGGCAAGGGGUUCUCGUUGACAUCUCUCCGCCACACUAGUCCAGCAACUGGCUACAGACAGACAAUAUCAGCUACAUCUCUCAGCUUCAGUCAGCUAAGUCUUGUAAUAAAACAUACAUAAGGCCAAAACAAAAAAUAAGUCGGUCUCUGGUCAGCGCGGCGCGUCGUUUUUAAUCAUGCGCGUCGAUCUUUUUUUUUUCCAAAAUGUUCCGCGG